UGCUCUUGGCCGCGCCCCUUUAUAGUAGGGCGGGGAGAAGCCGUUGUUUGGUUUAUGUUGAUUUCAAAAAGUUACACAAGCGAGGGAUGAGGUUUUACAACAGGACGGUUUCACAACUGUAAAUAGAGCUUCACCUCUCCCGGUUACAAUUCUGACCAAAGAGCUUUUUUUUGUUUUUUGUUUUUUUGUUUUUUUGUUUUUUAGGGGGGGAUUACCACAGAAGGACAUCAUAAACAUUGAAUUCGAGCCAGUGGGAAAUCAUUUGACAGUCUCGCACACGCCUCCUCUCUCUGGGCAAGAACCGUGGAAGAAACACGUUUUUUUUUUUGUUUUUUUUAAUCUGCGUUUCACGAGCCUCUCUGAGUGCCGAGAGACCCUUCGUGAUUGGGACUACACCGCUACGUUAAUGUGAUUGUCUCGGUCGUCGUAAACAAGUAGCCCACAGUCGUCUCUCUGUCCGGGCCACAGUCGUCGGCUCCGCCGCGUUUAGCCACCGCUCGCAUUCAGCACGAGUGUCGCCUGUGAAGUCUCAACCUACUCGGCAAACAUUUCAGCCAUGGAGUUGAGUUCAGUGAUUUUAACAACUGGGAGCUCAGUCGGGUUUUUCAGGCUUGUCAACGCAGGGGUCAGUGAACUCCCCAUGCCCGAAUCUGCCUGCAGGAAUGCGUGGAAAUGGAGAAAUAUCUCUACAUCCUUCGUGCACAGUCUUAUCACCGCGAUAUGGGCCGUGCUGUGCUUUUUCCUACACCCACAGAUGGCCGAAGAUUUGAUAGAGACUCACUCUGUGUUUUCCCAUGCUUUGGUGUCAUUUUCAAUCGGUUACUUCAUCUAUGAUUUCUUUGACAUGGUGCUGAACCAGAAGCUAAGUCAGUCCUGGGAGCUUCUCUUUCAUCACAUUGUGGUGAUCACCUGUUUUGGCCUCUCUGUGCUGUCGUGCCGCUACGUGGGCUUUUCUGUGGUGGCCCUGUUGGUGGAGAUCAACUCUGUGUUCCUCCACCUCAGGCAGAUCCUGCGUAUGGCCAACAUUGCCACAGGUACGCUGUAUCGGGUCAACAGCAUGAUCAACCUGGGCACAUACGUGGUGUUCCGCAUCAACACGCUGGCCUGGAUGACCCGCUGGCUGGUGCUCAACAGGGACAAGGUGCCCCUCCUAGCCUACACGCUGGGCAGCGUGGGUAUGGCCAUCAUGACAGCCAUGAAUAUUGUCCUCUUUUAUCGGCUGCUAAGGAGCGACUUUUUGAAGAGCAGCACCCGGGACACCAAGAAAGAGAAAGAGAAGGAGAUGUAGAGAGACGUCGAGGAAGAGACACAGGAAGGAUUAGAUUGAUAAAAAACACUCAUUGCUGUACAUUAACACCCUGUGGCUGAGAUUUGGUACCGUUUUGCCCGUGUGUAGUAUACUCAUAGCUGGGAGACGGAGGGAUCCCUCUAUCUCUCACACUGUACAUGUACGUCCACACAAGGUGUAAUCAGUGGGCCUCAUUCCAAACACAGAUCACACACAGCCAUUAUGCUGAAAGCUACAUUUGCCCAUCAGUUAUAGCUUUGACAGUUUUGGCUUCUGUGGUUGUGUAGUCCAAUCAUUGCCUAAGUGCCGUUAGUGGCUCACUAAUGGUAGAUGGAGGAUUCUUCACACAAACAAUGCAAGGCCUUGUAAAACGACACCAAAUGCCUUAUUGUCCCACAGGGUGUUUCGGCUAAAUCUGUUAUAAAAUGUAGCUCAUGGUAAGCACUGUUUGUAAAACCAACCCUCCGAUACCCAUGUAUUCGUCUAUAUUAUAUGCCUACUGUAUAUAAUAUACAUACAUAUGCUAUUGUGGGUUAUUUAAAAAUCUCACAUAAAGUUUAUUUACCACUGAGCAAAGAAUUAGUGGAAUCCAGACCCUCUUGAUGUGUAUCAAUAACACUGCAGAGGUAAAAAAAAAUUUUUGUUUGUUUUUUCACCUAAUGUCCUACACUAAAAACCGCCUGCUACCUCAGAAAGCUUGUAACAGUUCUUUGCCUCUUUCUAAAACAAGCUUUACUGUCACUGUUUGGCAGGUUGUUUGUUAGUAGAGAAAAAAGACAUUUUUGUCUAUAAAAUAUGGAAAUCCACCUAAUACCAAUCCUCACUUAAGGAGAGAGGAGGGUAUUGGAGGAUGAAUAAAUACUAAAUACUUUGAAGUGGCAUUCAAAUAAAACUAAACUGAUUCAAAUCUUCGUGAUAUAUAGUAGCUAAACAAUCACAGCCCUUUUUCGCUUUAUCAAAUUGUAUUAAAACAUUUAGGAAAAAGAAUUCACAAAUCAUGAACAAAUCAGCGAUAAAUCAUACGAUAUAACCCUGAACCUUAAAAUAGCUUGUGCCCCUCCGAUCCGAUUGCCGAACUGUGCUGUCCACCAACCAGGCCGUUUUGUCAGUAGAUCUUGCAGGAACAACACAAUACUUAGUAGAUUCUGACUUUGAUUGGCUCAUGGAUCGAUCACAAUGGCAAAAGGGAGGAAAAAAAGGUGCCACCUGACCUCCCAGCAUGUCCAUCAGCGGUCAGGGUCAGAGGUGGUCUGACCGCUCACACUGGCCGCUGCGUUUGCGAGUACGCUUGAUAGUGCUGUAUUACCAACUAACAUGAAUAUUUUCAUGAUUUGUAUGUAUUUUUAUAGUGCCCUGUGAUGGUGUACAGUCUGCAGUAGGAGCUUUCAGACAGGCAGGAAUAGCUAUUCUUCAUUUGGCCUAUGGAGGACAGCAAACUCCUCCGCAUCACCUCAGUGACCUCAACACAGCCAAGACCACCUGAGAUGUCUUUAUUUUGUAAUGCCUUUUUAGAUCUUUGCCAUUCUGCCUUUAAUUUGAAGUUGUCAAUUAGCAAGGAUAGAUGCAGAGAAAUUCCUGAGGUCAGUGUUGAAACAAUCAGGUCAGAGAGCUGUGAUUACAGCAAACUGUCAUACACACGGCUGCUACACAGCUGCCUCCUCUUCCAACUCGCAUCAUAACAUCACUUUCCGUACAUAGCAUGGAAAUAUUUGAUGCCAUUCAUGUUUUGUGUUAUAGCUUUUUUUUGUACACAUUCAUUGUCUGAGGGGUUAAAUUGUGUAUAUUUGUAAUUUAUAUGUACUUAAAAUAAGUUGUGGAUUAAAGAUGGAAUUAACACAA